AUGCCCGCGUACACACUCAAGCAAAAGGAUUUCGAAAUUCCGAGAAACAUCAAAUUAGCUGACCCUAAAUUCAACGUAUCAGCUGACGUGGAUAUCCUUAUAGGCGCGGAAAUCUUCUGGUCAAUAUUAUGUAUCGGUCAAAUAAAGGCUUCAGCCAACCAUCCGAUCUUGCAAAAAACAAGAUUUGGAUGGAUUCUGGCGGGACGAUUAACUCCUUCUUCACACAAAUCGCAAUGCAUUCGAGCCUUUCACGCGACAAUAAGCAAUUCGCAGUUGCAUGCGCAAUUAACUCGUUUUUGGCAGCUAGAAACUGUUAGCAAUCCAAGACAUUACACCGACGAAGAAUCUCGUUGCGAAGAGAGUUUCUUAAACAAUUUUACACGCAAUGAUCAGGGUAGAUACAUUGUCAAACUUCCUUUCAAGGAUCAAGCGAACGGCAAACUCGGAAAUUCAAAAGAUUCUGCAUUGAAACGGUUCUAUAAUCUCGAGAAAAGAUUUAAGCGUUAUCCGGAUCUUAAAGCUCAAUACGCACACUUUUUACGUGAAUAUCUCGCACUUGGACAUAUGAAACAAAUACACGAAUCGGUAGAUGGCUUAAGCGAAUCUUUCUAUUUUCCUCACCAUUGCGUAUUCAAGAGCGCAUCACCAGCUUCCGGUAUCCGCGUAGUUUUUGACGCGUCCAGUAAAAGCAGUACCGGCGUUUCUUUAAAUGACAUUCUCAUGACGGGCCCGGUAGUCCAGCAAGACUUGAUUUCGAUUUUACUGCGUUUCCGAACCUUUCGUUAUGUUUUUGUAGCCGAUAUUAUUAAAAUGUAUCGCCAAAUUCUUAUAGAUCCUUCCCAUGCGUGCUACCAACGAAUUUUGUGGCGGGAGGACCAGGCUUCAGAAGUACAAACAUUCGAGCUUGCCACCGUUACAUAUGGGACCACCCCCGCGUCAUAUCUAGCAACAAGAUGUCUUAAGCAUCUUGCUGAAUCGAAUCGCGAUAAAUACCCAAUGGGCUCCGUAUGCGUAGAGCGCGACCUUUAUGUUGACGAUUUGCUCUCGGGAGCCGAUACUCUAAGCGAGACAGUCAAGGCGCGAGACGAGACCAUUAACUUGUUGCGAUUAGGAUGCUUCGAACUUAGUAAAUGGGCAUCAAAUUCUCCAGAAUUGCUAAAAAAUAUACAUGAUCAAACUGAUAACACGGUUAUAAUCAAUCACGAAGCGAGUUCGCGAAUUUUAGGCAUGCAUUGGAAUCAAUCCUUGGACGAGCUUCACUUUUCUUACAUUCCUGACGCGGAGCAUAAGAAUUUAUCGAAGCGCGUUAUCCUAUCCGAAGUUUCGCGUUUAUUUGACCCCCUGGGUUUACUAGGUCCGGCCGUAGUCUUGUCAAAACUUCUGUUGCAAGAUCUGUGGCAAUUGGGCAUACACUGGGACGAAUCGGUCCCCCCAGAUAUCAACACGCGCUGGAACAAGCUCAAGUCUCAGUUCGAAGAUUUCAAUCGGUUAAAAAUUCCGCGUUGUAUAAAAUUUAAUUCAGAGUCGCAAGCAACUCAGAUACACGGUUUUUGCGACGCGAGUCAACGGGCAUACGGAGCAUGCGUCUACGUGCGUACACAGAUAGGUCCGGAAGAAUUUGGGUGCAAGUUGCUCGCCUCAAAGUCUCGCGUUGCUCCGCUUAAGGCACUCUCGUUGCCCCGAUUGGAAUUAUCGGCUGCUCUUCUAUUAGCGCAACUAAUUGAUAAAAUCAAUGAUUCAUUUCCAAUAACUAACAUGAAAAUCUUUCUCUGGUCCGAUUCUACAAUAGCCUUAAACUGGAUAUCUUCGCCAUCCCGGAAAUGGGCAAUUUUUGUUGCUAAUAGAGUCGGCGAAAUCCAGCGUCUUACAAACCUUAAUUCGUGGCGUCAUGUUUCAUCGGCUGACAAUCCAGCAGACAUUUUGUCUCGAGGUCUACAUCCGCGCGAACUUGAAGAUUCUGCGAUGUGGUGGAAUGGCCCAGCCUUUUUGAUGACACGCGAGAGCCUUUGGCCAAACGGUGAAUUUACUAUUUUGAGUAACGACAUUCCCGAAUCAAUUCGAACAACGGUAGCCGUCGCUACCAUUGAAAACUCCGUUGUAGAGGGUUUAUUAAGGAAGCAUUCUAACCUAAAUAAAAUUUGUCGUAUCCUGGCAUAUUGCCUAAGAUUUUCCAAGGCUAGAAGAUCCGAUCCAUUCACGUCUUUCGUAACUUGCGAAGAAAUUUCCUUUGCCUUAAAUGUGAUGUGCAAAACGGCACAGAAAACGGACUUCCCCGAGGAAUACCGAGCCUUAAGCAAGGGUGAGGCUAUCAGAACAACUAGCAAUCUGCUAUCGUUGUCCCCUUUUAUCGAUACCAACGGUCUAAUUCGCGUGGGCGGUAGGCUAAGAAACGCCGAGCUAUCUUUCGACACAUGUCACCCAAUUUUGCUAUCGCGAAAUCACAUUUUAACGAGACUCAUUAUACUACGAGAGCACGAGCGCAAUGCUCAUGCUGGCCUACAAGCAACCAUGACUGCCGUAAGGCAACGCUUUUGGCCCCUAUCCCUGCGAUCGGUCACUCGCAAAAUCUUGCAAAAUUGCGUCACGUGUUUUAAAAACAAACCGACUAUCUCAGAAGCGAUAAUGGGCGCAUUGCCGGCCGGGCGAAUAACGGUUUCCAGGCCAUUUCAUCAUUGCGGAAUUGACUAUGCCGGACCGUUAUUAAUACGUGAAGGUAAACGACGUAACGCUCGAAUCAGCAAGGCUUACGUAGCAGUUUUCGUUUGUUUUGCCACGAAGGUAAUUCAUAUUGAGCUUGUGAGUGAUCUCACUUCAGAGGCCUUCAUCGCGGCACUCAAACGUUUCGUUUCACGCAGAGGCAAACCCGCUGUCAUAUAUUCUGACAAUGGGACGAAUUUCGUAGGCGCUCAAAAACAGUUACACGAAUUCUAUGAGUCACUCGGUCGCGAUAGCGCACAAACUGACAUCAAUAAUUUUUUACGCGAUCAAAAGACCACCUGGAACUUCAUUCCACCUAAUGCUCCGCACAUUGGCGGACUAUGGGAGGCGGCUGUAAACGAUUUAUGUGAUGUCAACGAAAAUCGCUUACUGCGAUGGCAACGCGUCGAGCAACUCCGGCAGCAUUUUUGGCGCAGAUGGAGCUCUGAAUAUCUGCAUUCCCUACAGGAGCGUCAUAAGUGGAAGGCCAACAAGGGCCCACAAUUAAAGGAAGAUCAACUAGUGCUUUUAAAGCAGCAAGGUCUGGCACCUUUGUACUGGAUGCUCGGACGUGUGGUGCAAAUACACAAGGACUCUAGCGGCAAUGCAAGGUCCGCCGUCAUUAAAACUUCAAAGGGUUCAUUAGUUAGACCACUGUCUAAAAUAGCAAUACUACCAAUAGACUCUUAA